UUACAGAUGUCAACCGCUUCGUCGAACGUGUUGAAUCAUUCCUUCAAGACCCCGUUACCUACGAAGCCAAUAUGCGACAGAUGUCAUAUUUGUUUGAGGUCUUAUUGGACGGUCCAGCAGCUAUGUGGUGGGGUUGUGAAUUGUCUGAAGAUCAGCGAGCGGUCUUUCGGGGAGACGGUCUGUCCCAUGCGCUGGUGGCUUUGAAAGUCCGAUUCGAAACAACCCCGAAUAGGGUGUUGGAUGCAUCUUUCUUCGGACUAGACCUCGAAGGGAUUGCUGCUGAUGAGAACAAACUACUCGAGUUCUUUCAACUGAAGCUGAAAUACGGAAGAGCAACUCACGAACUGGCACGCGACAACGGCAACUGGGAAGAAUUCAUGGAUGCGGUCUUGGACAAUUUAUACCCCGAAAUCGCCGAUAAUUUGCCAUGUCCCUCUUCUGCUGAGACGCUUGAUGAAUAUAUGCAAAACAUAGACGCCAAAAAGGGGGUGAUUAAGUACUUAGCAUCUAAGCUCUGUGUUAAGGCUGACUUGGCCAAGUUUUCAGCCGGUCCUGGCUAUUGAGCGAGACUACAGCAGCGAUUAUUAAGUCAAAAGCUUUCGUAUCAGUCAGAUAGCACUCGAUUGCAGGGACAGUUUUAUACCACGACUGGAGCCCGUGUUCUGGCUCAUUCAUUCAAGGGGACAAGGCCUUCGCAAUGCAACCGAGACUUAGGUGUUGCUGUAUACAAGUUCGAGGAAGAGUCUAAUCUAGUUGGGAGCCUGGGCAUAACGCACGGCAUCAGAAGUCAUCUAUGUACCUAGUAGCGAAUAGGCC